AUGAACAAACUCAAUCCACUGGAGAUCCAGCACCAGGACCCUCGGAUACUACUCAAGCACUCAAAUACGAAGAUCGACCUCGAAAGCUUUCCUCAGGAGACUCUGCUCAAAAACCUCGCCAGACUGUUCGAUAGGAUUACUAGGAGGAAUGACCAUCUCAACCAUUCCAGAAGGAGACCGGCAACACCAUCCAGCGAACUGGGACGACGCCAGGAACAGAUCAGACUCAUCCACUUCCAAAACCUAAACAAUCAGACACGUUCGCUCUACUCGGCGCUGGACGAGCCGAGCUGCUUGCCAUCGACCAGCCACAGCAAGAACCAGCUGACGACGGCCUCGCUCGAGCUGCUCUCCAAGCCCAACUCGAUCCUCACCUUCCACGCCAAGAUCGUCCCCCAGAUCUCCAUCGAAGCCUAUCUGCUCCGGAUCCUCAAAUACUGUCCCACCUCCAACGGCGUCUUUCUCUCGACGCUCAUCUAUCUCGACAGGCUCUGCACUUUCUACCAUCGCCACUGCAAACAACAGCAGCAGCGGCCGUCGUCAAUAAAGAAGAAGAGAUGGAAUCUCCCCGCGACUCCGCUCGCCCCUUUCAACUUCCAUUUCGUCAUCGAUUCCUGGAACGUUCAUCGGUUCCUGAUCGCCUCGAUCACCGCCGCAAGCAAGCUACUAAGCGACGUCUUCUACACCAACUCGCGUUAUGCCAAGGUUGGCGGGCUGCCGUUGGAAGAGCUCGAGGAGCUGGAGAUCAAGUUCCUGUUGAUGAGCGACUUUCGGCUGAUGAUCAGUGCCUCCGAGUUCGAGGACUACACGGAAAGACUCCUAGGACCUCGGCGGAGCGGCCCGUCAUCAUCGUCGUGUGUAUCAACGACGGAGGACGAGGAGGAGUGGGAUGGGUCGAGGGGGGAGGAGUCGGUGGAGAGCGACGGGGAGCAGGAAACGGACACGGACGAACACGCACACCUCGGCCAUACGCCCGUCUUGCGCCCCCAUCCGGACACCCUCAUCCAUUCCUCCUCCGCCGAUUCCGUCUCCUCUUGUAACUCCUCCGAACGCAGCUCGUGCUCUACUAUCACCCCCAAUUCGCCCCCUCCCCCUCAGCCCCCUCCGCCGACUACCACAAGCCCGAAAACCCCGCCCUGCGGCCCACUCCCGACCACGCCCAGAUCGUCGUUCCCACUCCCUCCUGCGCAUUCCUAA